AUGGCUACUGAUUCAGGGGAGCCAGCUAGCACAGAAGAUUCUGAGAAACCUGAUGGAGUUUCAUUGGAAAACAGAGUUCCUCAGGUUGCAGCAACUUUGACAGUGGAAGCUAGACUAAAGGAGAAAAGCAAUACCUUCUCUGCUUCUGGAGAAACUAUAGAAAAGAAAAGAUUCUUUCGAAAGAGUGUUGAGAUGACAGAAGAUGACAAAGUUGCUGAAUCUUCCUCCAAAGAUGAGAGAAUAAAGACUGCAACAAAUGUUCCAAGAGUAGAAAAGCUUCCUACAAAUGUGCUAAGAGGAGGACAAGAAGUUAAAUAUGAGCAAUGUUCAAAGGGAACGUCAGAAUCCUCAAAAGAUUAUUUCAAGGAGAAAAAUGAAAAGGAGAUGGAAGAAGAAGCAGAAAUGAAGGCUGUAGCUACUUCUCCUAGUGGCAGGUUCCUGAAAUUUGACAUAGAACUGGGAAGAGGAGCAUUUAAAACAGUAUAUAAAGGACUGGACACUGAAACAUGGGUUGAGGUUGCUUGGUGUGAGCUGCAGGACCGGAAAUUAACCAAAGCCGAGCAGCAAAGGUUCAAGGAAGAAGCAGAGAUGUUAAAGGGUCUCCAACAUCCCAAUAUAGUUCGAUUUUAUGAUUCCUGGGAGUCUAUAUUAAAAGGAAAGAAAUGUAUUGUAUUAGUGACGGAACUUAUGACAUCAGGAACCUUAAAGACGUACUUAAAACGAUUUAAAGUAAUGAAACCAAAGGUCUUAAGGAGCUGGUGCAGGCAGAUUUUAAAGGGGUUGCAGUUCUUGCACACUAGGACUCCUCCUAUUAUUCAUCGGGAUCUGAAGUGUGACAAUAUUUUCAUCACGGGACCCACGGGAUCUGUGAAGAUUGGUGAUCUAGGACUAGCCACCUUAAUGCGUACAUCAUUUGCUAAAAGUGUCAUUGGUACUCCUGAGUUUAUGGCCCCAGAGAUGUAUGAAGAGCAUUAUGAUGAAUCUGUGGAUGUCUAUGCUUUUGGAAUGUGUAUGCUGGAAAUGGCUACUUCAGAGUACCCUUAUUCUGAAUGCCAGAAUGCAGCUCAAAUAUACCGUAAAGUAACUAGCGGUAUCAAACCAGCCAGUUUUGAUAAAGUCACUGAUCCUGAAGUGAAAGAAAUCAUCGAGGGAUGUAUUCGUCAAAACAAAUCUGAAAGGUUGUCUAUAAGGGACCUUCUAAACCACGCAUUUUUUGCGGAGGAUACAGGACUAAGAGUGGAGUUGGCAGAGGAAGAUGAUUGCUCAAAUUCAUCCCUGGCUUUAAGACUCUGGGUUGAAGACCCUAAAAAAUUGAAAGGCAAACAUAAAGAUAAUGAAGCUAUUGAAUUCAGUUUCAAUUUAGAAACAGAUACACCUGAGGAAGUAGCAUAUGAAAUGGUCAAGUCAGGAUUCUUCCAUGAAAGUGAUUCCAAAGCUGUUGCUAAGUCCAUUAGAGACCGUGUGACCCUGAUAAAGAAGACAAGGGAGAAGAAGCCAGCUGCCUGUUUGGAAGAACACAGGGAUUCCCAGUGCAAGUCUUUAGGGAAUGUACUCGCUCAGCCCCAAAAUACAUCUUUGCCCCCUCCUCCUGUUCAGCACACUGGGGCGGAAUGUGAAGAAACUGAAGUUGAUCAACAUGUGCGACAACAGCUUCUACAAAGAAAACCACAACAUCAUUGCUCCUCUGUUACAGGUGACAGUUUGUCUGAGGCAGGAGCAGGAUCAGCUUUACACUCAGAUACUUCAAAUCAGCCCACUGUAGCCUACUCCUCAGACCAGAUUAUGGGCUCUCAAAUGGUUUCUAACUUGCCGCAGACCGAAAUAAAUGUUCUGGAGAAAAUUUAUCCAUCCCAGCAACUAGUGGGACAUUACCAGCAGAUUUCAGGGUUGCAGAAGCAGCCAAAGCUGACUCAGCCCCAAAUUUUGCCUUUGGUUCAAGGUCGGUCCACUAUUUUGCCUGUACAUGUCUUUGGACCUCCAGUUGUCCCACAACCCCAGGUUUCGCCUUUAAUUGUCCCAAAGGCCUCACAGAUAAAGCCUGUAUCCCAAGCAGUUGGAGCUGAACAACAAGCGACUCUUCUAAAACCAGACUUAGUUCGAAGUUUGAAUCAUGAUGUGGGACCUGUGAAAGAAAACACAAAUACCCCUGAUAACCCAAGUGGAAAUGGCAAACAAGAUCGGAUCAAACAGAGAAGAGCUUCCUGUCCUCGGUCAGACAAGGGAACUAAAUUUCAGCUUACUGUUCUUCAGGUUUCAACCUCUGGAGACAACAUGGUGGAGUGUCAACUGGAGACACACAAUAAUAAGAUGGUCACCUUCAAGUUUGAUGUUGAUGGUGAUGCACCAGAGGAUAUUGUAGACUAUAUGGUUGAAGAUAACUUUGUCCUGGAAAGUGAAAAAGAAAAAUUUGUGGAAGAAUUGAGGGCUAUUGUAGGUCAAGCCCAGGAGAUCCUUCAUGUUUACUCUGCUACAGAAAGAGCUGUUGGAGUUGACUCUGUUACUGUGGAACCCAGCAGUAGCCAAACAGGAUCAUCUGAACAAGUACAGAUAAAUUCUGCCUCCAGUCAAACCAGCAAUGAAUCUGCUCCUCCUCAGUCAUCCCCAGUUGGUCGAUGGCGAUUUUGUAUAAAUCAGACAAUAAGAAACCGUGAGGCUCAAUCUUCUCCUUCACUUCAGCAGUACAUGCCUACAGUUCCUGGGUUAAACCUACUUUCUAGUCCAAGAAACAUAAGUAAUAAGGAAAUAUCACAGGACACACUGCUUACUCUAGAAAGUAAUCCAUGCCAGCGUGUACUUUUCACCUCCACAUCACAACAUAAGGAUGUAGUUGAUGGUAAGAUUUCUGAAUAUGCCAGUGUAGAAACUAAGCAGCCAGCUAUACUUUAUCAAGUCGAAGAAGACAGGCAGAUUAUGGCACCAGUUGCUAGUAGUUCCAAUCAUACUGCUACUUCAGUUCGUGCAGUUCCACUUGAAUGUGAGGGACUCACCAACGAAGCAGGCAUAUUUCUACCUGUGUAUCCAGGUCACCAAGCUGCCAGUCAGGCAGCUUCUGGCGAGUCAACUCAGAUUGCUACUAACUGUCUUACAACCCCAGCAUUUAUAUCUGAUCAAAAGCCUCAGUCCUUACUAGCGAAGCAGCCAACUACAGAUGCAGAAUUUAUUUCCCAAGAAGGAGAAACUGCAGUGAACAUGGAAGCAAGUUCUCCUAAGAUGGUUGUUCCCACUCAGAAUCCCGGCCUUGAACCAACCAGCCUUCUAUCCUCUACUGUCCUGGAAUCAGAUGGGGAAAGACCUCCAAAAAUGGAAUUUGCAGACAACCGAAUUAAAACUCUGGAUGAAAAAUUAAGAAAUUUGCUCUAUCAGGAGCAUAACAUACCUAGCAUCUACCCUGAGAGUCAGAAGGAUACCCAAAGCAUAGACUCUCCAUUUUCUUCCUCUGCUGAAGAUGUACUCUCAUGUCCAGUGCCAGAAGUCAUAGGCACCAGUCACUGUGAAAUUCAAGAUAGUCCUGCACAGUCCCCUAAUUUUCGACAGACAGGCUCUAAGAUUCUGUCCAAUGUGGCUGUGAAUCAGCCUGCUAACAUAUCAGUGUUCAAAAGGGACCUGAAUGUGAUAACUUCUAUACCCAGCGAAUUAUGUUUACAUGAGAUGUCCCCAGAUGCUUCACUUCCAGGAGAUCCAGAGGCCUAUCCUGCUGCUGUGUCAAGCGGUGGAGCCAUUCAUCUGCAGACAGGAGGUGGAUAUUUUGGCCUAAGCUUUACUUGUCCUAGUCUCAAAAAUCCUAUUAGCAAGAAAUCCUGGACUCGCAAAUUAAAAAGCUGGGCAUACAGGCUACGGCAGUCAACCAGCUUUUUCAAGAGAUCAAAAGUCCGUCAAGUGGAAACAGAAGAUACGAGAUCAGCAGUUGUUCCUGACCCCAUUCAUCUGACAGGAGAGUCCACGACUGAUACUAGGUCUUUGAGUAAAUGUAAAGCAAUGAGUGGAUCAUUUCAGCGGGGUCGGUUUCAGGUGAUUACAGUUCCCCAGCAGGAGUCAGUGGAAGUGACAUCUUUUGGAACAGAACUCAUACCAGCAUUCAAUAAAGUGACAAGUCAGUCUACUGAAGAAGCUUUAGCCUUUACUGAAACAGCAAAGUCUCAAUUGAUAGAAAUGGAACCUGUCACCAACAAUCCACAAACUUCAGUUUCUUCUCAGAAGUUACAAGCUCUUCACGAAACCUUCAAAGAUCCAAGAAUUUCCAAACAAACUGACAACUUUUCAUCUUUUAGUAUAGCUUGUGAGACUGAUACAUCAUCGAUUACUACAGAAAAGGAAUUGGAAGAAAAUUUGGCCACAGGAAGUAGCAUGCAGUCUGGAUCUGAACUGCUUAAAGAGAGAGAAUUACUUACUGCUAGGAAACAGCCUAGCUCUAAUAGUGAAUUUUCCGCCGCUCUUCCUGACAGAGGGAAAUCAGUGGUGAAGACUGGUCCAGAGAGAGAAAAGUGCUUACCACUCUGUGAAGAAAAAGCCUGUGUUCAAACACAGAGCUCACACUUCUAUUCACCGUCUUCCCCAAUGAGCAGUGAUGAGUCAGAAAUAGAGGAUGAGGACUUAAAGGUGGAGCUUCAAAGAUUACGAGAAAAACAUAUUCAGGAGGUGGUAAAUCUUCAAACCCAGCAGAAUAAGGAGCUACAGGAGCUCUAUGAACGCCUUCGAGCAAUUAAAGAGAGCAAAGUCCAAUCAUCAGAAGCUCCUGUAUCACCUGCAUCACCACGUAGACCAAGAUCUUUAAAAAGCAAACUUCGAAGCCGUCCCCAGUCCUUGACACGUGUGGACAGUGGCACAAUUGCUACAGAUCCACUGUGUGUGGAAAGUAGUGCAGCAUCAUUCCAGCGAUCUUCAGUUAGUAAAAAAGGAAUGUUCACAGAUGAUUUACACAAAUUGGUGGAUGACUGGACAAAGGAAACAGUAGGAAAUUCGCUUAUUAAGCCAAGUUUAAACCAACUUAAACAGAGUCAACAGAAACUAGAAACAGACAACUGGAACAAAGCAUAUGAAAAUACUCCAUCUACUAUGGGCUACACACCAACAUGGAUUUCUUCUCUGUCCCAAAUCCGUGGAGCUGUCCCAACCUCCUUGCCACAAGGACUGUCACUUCCUUCAUUUCCUGGGCCAUUAUCAUCAUAUGGAAUACCCCAUGUUUGUCAGUAUAAUGCUGUGGUGGGGCCAGGGUAUCCAGUACAGUGGGUAGGAAUUUCAGGAGCACCACAACAGUCUCUAGUAAUUCCUAACCAACCUGGGGGACCGUUCCAACCAGGGAUGAAUUUGCAGGCAUUUCCAGCUUCAGCAGUACAGAAUCCGUCCACAAUCCCUCCUGGUCCCAAGUAA